AUGACUGUGUUGAGCAAAUUUGUCGCUGGCACACUCGGCAUGAAGGUGCUGACGACGAAUUGCUACGAGACGUGUCACACAUGGGAACCCGAUUGCACGAAAGCUAUUCAGGCAGCCGUCCCUGAGGCGCUUCUCUUCAGCCUGCGAACGUAUGCGAUUUUUUAUGCGCUAGGCGAACUCGUCUCGACGAAGGGUGAUCCAAGGAAAAUCCGAUGGAAGCGCUUGCUCGCAGCGAUUUCUCGUUCAUCGCUUUUUUUGACGACGAAUUUAGUGAUGUAUUUGUGGUAUAUGUGCAGAAUUCGAAAUUUGAUGGGCUUCUGGACGUGGCCAACACUUGGUUUAACGAACGGACUUCUUUCGUCAUUCACAGCGAUUCUGAUUGAGAAACCGGCACGGCGACCCGCUUUGGCAUUAUAUUUGACGAAUUUGGCCUCCGAGACAGCCUAUCGACAAGCGGUCAGCCAUGGGUAUUUACGUUUCAUCCCAAAAGGACAAUGGAUUGUUUUCUCGCUUGGCCUCGGGCUGUAUUAUUGGUUGAAAGGCGAGGGAAGACUCGAGGCGUCUGGUGGUGGAGGGCUUUUAGAAAAGAUCCAGGGCAUCGACGAGCACGCAGUUUUGCCCAGCUGGUUGUGGACAAAGUUGCCGACAAAAUUGAGGGAAUAUUUGAUUGAGCUGAGAAAAGGAGACAAAGGGGAUGAGUGCGGACACGAGUUUUCAUGUGCAUCGGCCGUAGUCGAGCCAUCUCUACGCAAUUUUGUGAUCGGUUUUGGUGUGUCGAGUUGUUUAACGAUUUUGAGAAAUCUUAAAACAUUGAAGAAACAACCAUUAAAGAUUCUCUUCACAUUGUUAAGCAAAAAUAAUUUCCGAAUCCCGGCUUUUAUCGCGUUGAUGCCAUUUUUGUAUAAUACGAUGAAUUGUGGUUUACGACGAUGGAUUCCUGGGGAAAAUUGGGAAACGACGAGAAAAACGGUAGCCGGCUUGGUAUCCGGGGUGGCGAUGCGUGCUUUCCCGAAUGUCACUAUCGCAAUGUACAUGCUAUGGAAAGCGAUCUCGCAUCUUUUCGAGGAUUUACUCUCAAAGGGAUAUCUUCCAAAAAUCCCGCAUGGAGCGACGCUUUUGUACACACUGGCCACAGGAUAUGUGCUUUUUGUGGCAGCGAUCGAACCGCAUUCGUUACGGAGUGGAUAUUAUGAGUUUUUGAUGGGAUUAAGCGGCAAUCGGCUGGGUUUAUUGAAUCGAAAAUUGUUCGAUGGAGUCGGCUUCAACUCGUCGAAAAUGUUUCCGCAUUUUUUCCCGAUUUUAAAUCACCGUUUUGUCACCAGGAACACAAUGGAAUACCAUCCGAUUCCAAGGGUU